GAUCUACUUUAGCGCAGUUCUAUAGGUAUCCGGCUGCCACUAGACUCCAGAAUGUCCGGCUCGCGAUAGUGACUGAAUACAAGCAGCACCAGCGCGGAGAGCACCGCUGAGAGGUGCCGGACCAAGAGGGAUGCGGAACCGUGCUGGGUACACGCGCUUGGCGCAAGACUAUAACGACGACCAUCCCUACGAGGAGGAUGACCGUCGCUUCGAGCCUCUAGCACCGGACGUGCCAAAAGCUUCAAUAGCCCUUGCCAUCUUCCUCAUGUGCUUCGGGAUCUUCUCGCUCGUGGCGGCGUGGCUCCAUUUCACUCAGCGCGUGCUGGGCAAAGCGCAAGCGGAGAUUGGUUUCACUGUCCUUGGCGUCCUGACUUUUAUGCCAGGCGCGUUCCACUCCUACAUCGCCUAUGGGACGUGGCGUGGGUGGCCUGGAUUCAGCUGGGACCAGAUCCCGCAGUGGUAGUGCGACUGGCCGUUGCUGCAAAGGCCGGCGUCGGGUUUCUGAAUGCAAGCACGUGGAUUCGACGAGGUGGUGGAUCAUGACGCCCCGCGUGAGGGGUGUACGGUGUGGCACUCAAGUGUAAGAGAUGGGCACAGCGACAUGGCAGGAAAACAUUGCGUUAGCGCACCGCGUUCUAGGUGCUUUGUUGGAGCGGCUGCGCAGCGCUUGGCCGCUGCCUGGGGAUCCAAACGGCUAUUCCCGAUGUUGAAGCUGCGUGGUCUGGCCCCUGCGAAGGAAGGGGUGGGCGGAUAUGAAGGGGACACACGCCACUGACACGAGAACGUGCAGCUCGACGUAAUGACGUGAAUAACGUUGAUUGGAUCUUUGAGGCGCGUUGGCUGGAGGGUUGCUUGGCGCACGCAACUUCAAAUUUAGUGGGCAGUUCAUCGGGUAGCUGAAGAUCGACACGCGGAGUAGGGCUACACUGUUCGGUGCAUGGGGCAUGGGGCAUCGCUGCGACACUUAAACAGCCUUUGAUUUGGACCACUGUUUGAUUUGCACCACUGUUUAUAGAUACUGCCACAAACACAGUUUCUAUCUUGUUCUGGUGUUUUUUUGCGUCUUCGCGCCUUUGCGUCUUUUUUUGCGUCUUCGCGCCUUCGCAGUCGCAGCGGUUGAAGGUUUGCACCAGCCGCGCGCUCUUUUAAAACAGAGAUCUUCGGGUAUAUCUGAGUCCUUUGUUCCAAACGUGAAAGCUUGGCGCCGGCGUCGCGGCGUGAGUCAGGGCGGCGAACGCGAUG